AUGAGUAAUAAAGAUAAAAAGAAAAUUUUUGCUCAAAGAGCUAGAAUCGGACAAAACCAAAGUGAAGAUAGAGAUAGAUUAUCAAUUGGUAGAUUUGCUGAUAGAAAUAAAGUCUAUGUUUCAAAAAAAAAAAUUGAAUUACAUAAAAAAGAAAAAGAGUUUAAAUCAAAAUAUGAAAGAUCUAAACAAAUAAAUAGAGAUGAUAAUAAAGCAGUAGCAGAUAUUUAUAGUCAAUAUCAAAAUAAUGAUCCAUUAUCAAGGUUUGCUACAGGUGAUAAUAAAAAAUAUUCAGAACUUAGCAGAAAAUCAAUUAGAGAAAAUAAAAAAAAUAAAAAGGGUGAUGAUUAUGAUCAAGAUACUAACGAUAAUGAUAAUGAAAAUGAAAAUGAAUAUUCAAAUAAAAUAAAUAAUAAAAAAGAAAAUAAUAAAAAUAAUAAUAAUAAUAAUAGUAAUAAUAAAAACGAUAAAAAUAUUGAUAAUAAAAACGAAAAUAAAAAAGAUGGAGAAGAGGCAAUGGACGAGAGAGAAACUAAUUUUUCAGUUCAAAAACAAUUUCAAUUAGCUAAACAGCAAUACUUAAAAGAGAAAAAAGAAAGGGAGGAAAUGUUUAAACAAAUAGAGGAAAAAAAAGAGCAAACUAAAAAACAUAUCCAACAAAAGAAAAAAGAGAAAUUUGCUGUAAUUUUAAAGAAAACUAAAAAAGGUCAACCUAUAAUGUCAAAUCAAAUUAAUAAGCUUUUAAGUAAACUCCAAAAAGAAGAAAACAAUUAA